GGGGCAGAUCACUCUGAUCAUCAUGUGUGGUCCCUUAGGUUUGGGGACUGGCCCCUGACCCAUGCUUUCCAGGGCUUGCUUUGUUAGCAACUUAUUCACCCAUCCCUGGGUGAGCUCGAAUCAUUCCUCUUCCACCACUCCUGGGCCCAGGAAAUGCAGCUGAACCUCUUGGGCUAUGGAGAGACAGCCCCAAAGCAGAGGCCUUCUUGAAAAGCCCCUCCCAGCCACAGCUGCCCCUACUCUGUCCUCCAUGGGAGCUGUCUUCAUCCUCCUGAAAUCUGCGCUGGGAGCCGGCCUGCUCAACUUCCCCUGGGCCUUCCACAAAGCAGGUGGAGUCGUCCCUGCCUUCCUGGUGGAGGUGGUCUCCCUGGUCUUCCUGGUCAGUGGCCUGGUCAUCCUGGGCUACGCCGCCUCCAUCAGCGGUCAGGCCACCUACCAGAGUGUGGUCAGGGGGCUGUGCGGCCCUGCCCUGGGGCAGCUGUGUGAGGCCUGCUUCCUCACCAACCUGUUCAUGAUCUCUGUGGCCUUCCUCAGGGUGAUUGGGGACCAGCUGGAGAAGUUGUGUGACUCUCUCCUGCCCGGCGCGCCACCAGCCCUGCGGCCCUGGUUUGCCGACCAACGUUUCACUCUGCCCCUGCUCUGUGCUUUGCUCAUCCUGCCCCUGUCGGCCCCACGAGAGAUAGCCUUCCAGAAACACACGAGCAUCCUGGGCACCCUGGCUGCCUGCUACCUGGCCCUGGUGGUCACCGUGCAGUACUAUGUCCAGCCCCAGGGCCUCAUCCGUGAGCCCCGCCCAUCACUGAGUCCUUCCUCCUGGACCUCUGUCUUUAGUGUCUUCCCCACCAUCUGCUUUGGAUUCCAGUGUCACGAAGCCGCUGUGUCCAUCUACUGCAGCAUGCGUGACCGGAGCCUCUCCCGCUGGGCCCUGGUGUCUGUGCUGUCCUUGCUAGCCUGCUGUCUCAUCUACUCACUGACAGGGGUUUACGGCUUCCUGACUUUUGGGACAGAAGUUUCCUCUGAUGUCUUGAUGUCCUACCCAGGCAAUGAUGUGGUCAUUGUUGUCGCCAGGGUCCUCUUUGCUGUGUCCGUCAUAACUGUCUACCCCAUCGUGCUCUUCCUGGGGAGGUCGGUGAUACAGGACUUCUGGAGGAGGAGCUCCUGGGGGGCAUGGGGGCCCAGGGCACUGGCUGACCCCUCAGGGCCAUGGGUCCGGAUGCCACUGACCAUCCUGUGGGUCGCCGUGACACUCGCCACAGCCCUGUUUGUGCCCGACCUCAGUGAGAUUGUUGGUGUCAUUGGCAGCCUCAGCUCCUUCUUCAUCUUCAUCUUCCCAGGUUUGUGCCUCAUCUGCGCAAUGGGCAUCGAGCCCAUAGGACCAAGAGCCAAGUGCUGCCUGGAGGCCUGGGGCGUGGUCUCCGUGCUGGUCGGCACCUUCAUCUUCGGGCAGAGCACAGUGGCUGCGAUCUUGGAGCUGCUCUGAUGGUACCUUGGUUGGGGCAGGGAGGGGACAGACAGGUGGACCCCAAGCGCUGCUGUGUCCAGCCAUGAGACCGAGGCUGUUUCUUAUCAUCAUAAAGACGCUGGAGGAACUGACGCCUUCUGCCUUCUCACCUGCUUUUGUUGUACUUGGGGGUUCAAAGGGUUUCUGGU